AUGGACACUCUGAGCGAUUCCUUUACCAUCCAAGUCAACGGCACACCUAUUGCCAAAGCUGAACCUGACGCCGAAGAUCGCUUGCAGGCGACUACCGGGCCCGAUGCUGCCGUCUUCACGUUGAAGGACGGAAGGCUCCAGUCCGGUGACCGGCUUCUCGCACGAGCAACUAGAGAAGACAGGAGCUUUCUCCCCAAACCUGUGCGGUGGUUCAAGAUCGGUGCUGAGGGUGACAAACUACCGGUGCACCCUGUCACUGCUCACAAGGAAGGGAGCUCGUACAAGAUCAAGUUUGCGAAUGCUGGUUUGAUAGCUGAAGAUGGUAAUGUAUUGGCAGACCUUGCAGGAGAAACGCCGUCAGAAGUGGUGGUGAAGAUGGUGUGA